AUGUUGCUUGGACAAAUUGUUCAUACUCUCCCACGCCACCGAUACGGCAAUGAAUAUCAAUUCUUCCCAGUGACAAUCGGUAACAUUUCUACAACUUACAUUCUAGCCUACAUUUACGCCCUCUACCACUCCGGAAACUACGAUCGGCUAUUCGAAGUGAUUGGAAGAUCAAGAUUUGAUGAACGAUACUACAAGGAGCUGCAAGAAAUCUGGUACAAAGCACGGUACAAAGAGAAUGAGUCCAAACGAGGCAAAGAGCUAGGCGCUGUUGAGAAGUAUCGUCUCCGACGAAAAUAUCCGCCACCUCGAAGUAUUUGGGAUGGCCAGGAGACUAUCUACUCUUUCAAGGAGAACAGUAGAAAAUAUCUCAAGCAGUUCUACAAACAGAACCAGUAUCCUACCCUCGACCAAAAGAAAGAAAUCUCCAGGGCAACAGAUUUGGAAAUUGUUCAGAUUUCGAACUGGUUCAAGAACCGUCGACAAAGGGAUAAAACGCGAUUGGAGUGUGCACAUUACAAUCGCCCACAAAUGAUGCAGUUACAAACACUAGCCUAUUCGAAUCUUCCACUGAAUAUGAACAUCAAUAUGCCAUAUUCAUGUAAAUCAGAAUAA